AUUGGCCCAGGCAUUGUUCACAUGCUCUUCGAUUUCGGUUGGCUUGGCCGUGGCGUAGUUCUGCAGCACAUCACACCAGAAGAACCACUACUGCAGCGUGCGCGUUUUGUGAUGUAUGCAAAUAUUCCUAAACUAUAUGCAAAUUUUUUCUUACUGUGCGAAGCGAAUCACUUCGAACGAGAUAUUUACAUUUGGAAUCACAAGCGUUAUGUGAAACCCCCGCUACUGGCGAGAAAUGACGGCCCGAUCGGGAAGCAUCGACGCUGGUUCAGCCAAUUCUAUUCAGAAAAUAGCCCGAAGUUGAACAAUAAUGGGUCCUUGAGCAGCGACAUCAAAUCGAUUCUUGACUGGUGA